UAUCAAAACACUUUCAGUUUAUACGCCAAAAUUUUAACAUAUACGCAGUCUGGAUUUAUCAUCGCAGUAACUAAUAGACAAACAGAUUUUUCAUUGCAAUAAGAUAUUUAUCAGCAGUCAUCGCAGAACCAAUUAUUACGUUCUCAAUUAUUUAUUUAGUGGAUGAACAAGAAAAUCAGGGAACUAAUUGGAUUUCAAUUGACAACUUGAUCUGAAUAGAAAGAGGAAACAAAAUAUCCAAAUUUGUAUUAAAAUAAUAACUCAAUAAUUUUUGGAAAGUUCUUUCAUUCCGACAGAAGUGAUUACCUCUCUUUCUAUAACUUGACGCAUUCCCAUAAAGAAUUUUCAUCUUUCUGCAUACAAGGUUACUGUUAAGUGCACUGAAUGCCCUUAAAAAGAAUAGAGCGAGAGUCAAGGGUAACAUCUUGGUUUUUCUCCUAAACGUGACUGUAUUACAUCUUCUGAAAAACAAGAAUUUGUUGAAUUCCAACUCCUGCAUUACAUCAUCAAAAUAAAUUAUUUUGUAUGCUAAUUAUUUAAAUUAGAUAAUAUAAACUUUCGUUGAAUUAUUUAGGGACACAUGUUUGGUAAUAAAAAAAAUUUUGCAAAAGCGGUAGAUAAGGAAAUUGGAAAAAAUUAAAAAAACAACGUAGUCGCAUUAUCUGUACACAUUAAAAGAGUAAACAAACAGAAAUCGAUUAGUUGAGUGACGUUAAUUAAUAAGUAUAGCUUCCUUCUUUUUUCCUUAAUCAUGCUGAUAUGCAAGUACAAAGUUGAUUUUUUAUAAUCCGUGUGCAAAUAUAUACUGACUAUAACUUCUUUUUCCAUUUAUUUUUGCAAAUUGUGAUGAAUGAUUACUAACUACUUUUGUAUCUUAUAUAAGGAUAUUCUUGAAUUGAUUCAACACGUGUAAGAAUAGGUCAUCCAAAGUGUGAGUAAAUAAUGUCAAUCACGUAAUAAACUUGUCAGUCGUUGUAAAGCUAUCCUCUCGCUCUGAGUAAUUGACGCGAAAAAAACAUGUUUUUCACAUCAUGGACCUACAUUUUGGCAAUUACAAUCGGUGCUCUUGUAAUCUAUUUCCUACAGAUAUUUAAAAAGCAUAAAUAUUUUAAAAAUCAUGGAAUUUCCCAUAAGUCACCAGUGCCAAUAUUUGGUAAUAUGGCACCAAUAAUAUUUCGCCAAAAAAACAUGGGAAUGACAGUUCGUGAAUUGUAUAAUAAAUAUCCAGACAAACGUUACUUUGGAUUCUAUGACUUCACGAAUCCAGUGAUUGUUUUACGUGAUUUGGAAUUAAUAAAGUCAGUGGCUGUGAAGAAUUUUGAUAGUUUUCCCGAUCAUCGGACAUUUGUUAAGGAAACGUGGGAUCCACUUUUCGGUAGAAAUCUCUUUGCCCUAAAGGGAGAAAAAUGGCACGAUGUUAGAUCACUAUUAAGUCCAGCAUUCACUUCAAGUAAGAUGAAAGUAAUGUUUAAAUUAAUUUCCCAAUGUGCUGCGGAUUUUACCGAGUUUCUUGCCAAAGACAAUGAGGGUAAUAAAAUGAGGGAAAUGAAAGAGGCAUUCACGAGAUAUACAAAUGAUGUUAUUGCAACAUGUGCUUUUGGUAUUAGUGUAAAUACAAUGAAGGAUCCAAAUAACGAUUUCUAUGUUCUGGGUAAGGAGGCAACAAAUUUAGAGAAAUUGACAAUAAAAUUCUUUCUUAUGAGGGAAUUCCCUUAUUUAAUGAGACUGUUUAAUAUUAAAUUGGUUGCACCACGAAUUGAAAAAUUCUUCACUGAUAUUAUUAGAUCGACAAUUAAUAUGAGAGAUUCAAAGGGUAUAACAAGACCGGAUAUGUUGCAAUUAAUGAUGGACGCAAGAGGAAAGGAAAGUAAGGUUGAUCUAACGCCAGAGGAAAUGACAGCACAAGCUUUUAUAUUUUUCUUCGGUGGGUUUGAUUCAACAUCCACAAAUAUGUCAUUUGCAGCUCAUGAAAUAGCAAUUAAUCCCGAAAUUCAGGAGAGAUUACAAAAUGAAAUUGAUUCCGUUUUACGUGACACUAAUGGUGAGCCGACCUAUGACGCAAUCAAUGGAAUGGAAUAUUUGGAGGCAAUUGUAAAUGAAACUUUAAGGAAGUAUCCACUUGUUCCCUCAUUAGAUAGAGUGUGCACGAAAAGAUUUGAAUUACCACCAAGUGAAGAAGGUGGUAAACCAUUUGUAAUCGAGCCGGGAAUGACUGUUUGGAUUCCAGUUGCAGGAUAUCAUUACGAUCCAAUUUAUUACGAUGAACCGGAGGAAUUCAAGCCUGAACGAUUUUUGGGUGAUGGUGCAACUAGUAUAAAGUCAACCACAUUUUUAUCAUUUGGCCUUGGACCAAGACAAUGCAUAGGAAACAGAUUUGCUCUUUUGGAAACUAAAACAAUGUUGUUUCAUCUUCUGGCAAGAUGUAAUUUAAAGAUUUGCUCCAAAACAAGCGUUCCAUUGAAACUGAGUAAAAAAACUUUUGGUUUUGGUGCUGAUAAUGGUUAUUGGAUGAAACUCGAAAAAAGGGAGAAUAAAUAUUUAAGCAAUGGAGUUACGAAACAUUGUAUAAUCACACUUCUCGGAAUAAUAUUCCUGAAAUUAUUUCAAAAGCAUAAAUUUUUCAAGAACCAUGGAAUUCCACACGAAUCACCGGUACCAAUAUUCGGCAACAUCUUACCAGUUUUAUUACGUAAAUUAAACGUAAGCGAUUUAAUACGAAACUUAUAUGAUGCAUAUCCAAAUACAAAAUAUUUUGGACUUUAUGAUUUCACAAAUCCGGGAAUUGUCAUUCGUGAUUUGGAAUUAAUGAAAUUAGUGGGUGUUAAGAAUUUUGAACAUUUUACUGAUCAUGGAAUGUUUGGUGAGGAGCCACGUGAUCCAUUAUUUGGAAAGAAUUUAUUUUUACUGAAAGGAAAAAAAUGGCACGACGUACGUUGUUUAUUAAGUCCCGCUUUUACUUUGAAUAAAUUGAAAAUAAUGUUUCCACUCAUUUCCCAUUGUGCGAAAAAUUAUGCCGAAAUACUUUCUACAAAUAGUGGUGAAAUUAGAGAAAUGAAAGAGACUUUCAAUAGAUUUUCAAAUGAUGUUAUUCUUAAUUGUGCCUUUGGUAUCAAUAUCAAUACAAUUAAUGAUCCAACCAAUGAGUUCUACACUUUGGGUAAAGAAGCGACAAAUAUGGAGAAAUUGACAAUAAAGGUAUUUCUAAUGAGGGAAUUUCCAUUUCUUAUGAAUUUUUUCAACAUUAAUUUGGUGAAUCCAAGAAUUUAUAAAUUUUUCAAAAAAAUCAUAACAACGACAAUUGAAACAAGAGACACGUUAGGAAUCAAAAGACCCGAUAUGUUACAACUUUUAAUGAAUUCCAAACGAGAUGAUAAUCAUGGGGAUAAUGAUAAAAUAAAUUUAACACAAGAUGAAAAAAUUGCUCAAGGUUUUGUCUUCUAUUUUGGUGGUUUUGAUGCGACUUCAACAACAAUUUCUUGUGCUGCACAUGAACUUGCUGUUAAUUUACACAUUCAAAGGAAAUUACAAACAAAAAUUGAUAAAAUUUUACUUCAAACAAAUGGUAAUCUUUCGUAUGAUGUAAUUAUCGGAUUCGACUAUUUGGAUGCAAUUGUUAAUGAAACUCUUAGGAAAUAUCCAAUUCUUCCUGUUUUGGAUCGAGUUUGUACUAAACAAUUCGAAUUUCCUCCUACUGUUCCCGGUGCUAAACCAUUUUUAGUUGAACCCGGAAUGACUAUAUGGAUUCCUGUUAUUGGUUAUCACUAUGAUCCCAAAUAUUACGUGGAGCCGGAAAAAUUUAAUCCUGAUCGUUUUUUAAAAAAUGGUGCAGCCAGCAAUAAAGCAGCGACAUUUUUAUCAUUUGGUAUUGGUCCAAGACAGUGUAUUGCUAAUAGAUUUGCAUCAUUAAAAAUAAAAAUAAUGCUGUUUCAUUUAUUAGCAAGAUGUAAUCUAAAAGUUUGUUCAAAAACAAACGUUCCAUUAAAGGCGAGUAAGAAGACCCUCGGAUUUUUUGCCGAUGGUGGUUAUUGGAUGGAAUUGGAGAAACGAAAAAAUAGUUUCUAUUUCAUGAUCUCGAGUAUUCUUAUAAUUAUUCUCAUCAGCAUUUUAUUGAAACUAGUGAUUUACAUUAUAAAGUUAAAUAAAAAACAGAAAUUUUUCAAAAAUCAUGGAAUUCCACAUGAACCAGGUGUGCCAAUUUUUGGAAAUAUGUUACCCAUCAUAACUCAUAAAAAGAGUAUGAACGAAAUAGUCAAACAUUUAUACAACAAUAAUCCAAAUGCAAAAUACUGUGGAUUCUAUGAUUUUACAAAUCCAGUAUUUAUUUUACGCGACAUUGAAUUAGUUAAAUCAGUGGCAGUGAAAAAUUUCGAAAGUUUUCCCGAUCAUAAUCUACUUGGACCUGAACCAAGAGAUGGAUUAUUUUCCAAAAAUUUAUUUAAUUUAAGAGGUGAAAGAUGGCACGAUGUUCGAACACUAUUAAGUCCGGCAUUCACUUCGAGUAAAAUGAAAAUACUCUAUAAACUUAUUUCUGAGAGUACGCUUAAUUUUGUCGAUUCUCUAUUAAGUGAAACGGAAAAUAAUAAAAUUAGAGAAAUGAAAGAAGUAUUUACGCGUUGUACAAAUGAUGUAAUAGCUACAUGUGCUUUUGGAAUAACUAUCAACACAAUGACAAAUCCAAAGAAUGAUUUUUACAUUUUAGGUAAAGAAGCAACGGAUUUUGUCAAAUUAACACCAAAAAUUUUUCUUAUGAGAGGAUUUCCAUUGAUUGCAAAUUUAUUUGAUGUUAAAUUAUUACGUUCGAAAGUUAGUAGAUUUUUCAAUGAUACAAUUAAUUCAACGAUAAAGACGAGAGACACGAUGGGAACAACAAGACCCGAUAUGUUACAGCUUUUAAUGGAUACAAGAGGUGUUGAUAAGAAAGUUGAUUUAACGCAGGAAGAAAUAGCUGCUCAGUGUUUUGUUUUUUAUUUCGCUGGUUUCGACACAAUAUCAACAACAAUGUCCUUUAUGGCACAUGAACUUGCAGUUCAUCCAGAAAUUCAAAAAAGAUUACAAAAUGAAAUUGAUACUAUUUUUCAUGAAACUAAUGGUAAUCCAACGUAUGAUGCAAUUAUGGGACUAGAGUAUUUGGAUGCAGUUUUAAAUGAAACAAUGAGGAAGUAUCCAGUUUUUGCCGCAUUAGAUAGAGUUUGUACUAAGCAAUUUAAUCUACCGCCAACUGUUCCUGGUGCUGAUGCAAUUACCGUGGAACCUGGUAUGAUGAUUUGGAUUCCUGUCAUUGGUUAUCACUAUGAUCCCAAAUAUUACGUGGAGCCGGAAAAAUUUAAUCCUGAUCGUUUUUUAAAAAAUGGUACAGCCAGCAAUAAAGCAGCGACAUUUUUAUCAUUUGGCAUUGGACCAAGACAAUGUAUUGGAAAUAGAUUUGCUCUUUUGGAAACGAAGACAGUUUUCUUUCAUCUAUUGGCAAGGUGUAAUAUUAAAGUUUGCUCCAAAACUAAUAUACCAUUAAUUCUAAGCAAAGAGUCCAUUGGAUUUGCUGCUGAAGACUACUGGUUGACAUUGGAGAAAAGGGAAUAGUUGCAAAAAAUAUUAUCGACUUUUACGACAUGCAGAAGGAAUUGAACUUUAGACCCUGAGGUUGAAAAUUAGAAACGCAAACCGAACAAGAACGUUAAUCUGAUGGACUGUUAUAAUUACCAUUUGUAUAACUGAGGAAUGUAUUAAAAAAAUAAUAGAUUCACAUAAUAUAUAAAUAUAUGUAUAAUAUAAUAAAAUAUAAUUUUAGGAACCAUUCACUA